CUAAUAAAGAUCCAUAUUCCUCUCCAACUCCGAAUUUCGAGGCUAUUCUACUAACUCUAUUAGUUUUCGAUUGUCGUUCAAUAUGGAUGUUUGGGAUGCUUUUGGUGGCGACGAAGAUGCUGCAUUACGAUACGCGAUAGCUUUAUCAUUGCAGGAAUCUAGCGGUGCCUCUCCCGAUAAACCCGUUGAACUUAGCUCGGACGAAGAUGAAAACGAAGACAAUCCGGAACAAAAACCCAAACCCCCCUCCGCUGCGAAAGAAGCCAAGGGUUUCCCCACGAAACAAACACAGAAUGCAUCGUUGAAAGAUACACCAUCAGAUCCCCAGCUGCCAACAUCUAUGGCACCAAACAUCUUCACGGCUCAAGGGUUAGCAGGAAUGGAUAGGAAGAAGAUGGAGGAAGAAAGACUUGCAAGAUCACGAGAAAGAUCGGCGAAGCGAAAGAUGCCAGAUUCGCAAUCUGAAGAACAGGGCCGUCAGCAAAGACCGAAAGUAGAUGUUGAGAUACCAAUCAGCUUAGCUCCAAAGGAUACUCCUCGCCUACCAUACCCAAAGGGCACAGUCAAGAAGACAUGGGUCUCAGGAUAUCCACAUAAAGACGAUAUCAAGAUCGAGGAAGUCCUACAGAAGGACGAGCUUGAACUCGCCGUGAUCAGCUCAUUUCAAUGGGACGAACGAUGGAUGUUUUCCAAAAUCAACUUCGCCAAGACUAAGGUUGUUCUAAUUGCUUUUGCUUCAAGCGAGGCGCAGCAAGAAGAAAUGAAGGCCAACGUACCCGCCAGGGCAGCCGUCAAGUUCUGUUUCCCGCCUAUGAUGCCGACCGGAAAUAUGCAUUCAAAACUACAACUACUAAAAUACCCCAAAUACCUGCGCAUGGUGGUACCAACCGGGAAUUUCGUGCCCUACGACUGGGGCGAGCCCGGAAUUAUUGAGAAUAUGGUAUUUCUCAUAGACCUUCCUCGAAUCGAUGAUCCCGAAUUACAAUCUUCCAAUAAGCUCGGUCCUUUCGGCGACGAGCUCUGUUAUUUUCUUCGGUCCCAAGGGUUGGAUGAAAGCCUUAUAAACAGCCUUACGAACUAUGAUUUUUCCGAAGCAAACCAUUAUCGAUUUGUUCACACAAUUACGGCAUCACAUGUAGGCGAUAAGUGGCAACGAACAGGAUACUGCGGGCUCGGUCGAGCCAUAACCUCUCUCGGACUCAAUACUACUGAAGGAAUCGAGGUUGACUUCAUGGUUUCAUCACUAGGAUCAGUUAAUAUGGACUUGGUAUCAGCCAUAUACUAUGCUGCUCAAGGCGACGAUGGCCAGAAAGAAUACAAAAUGAGGGGUGCGAAGGGGGGCAAAAAUCAGGGGUCGGCAUCUACCAAGUCAGAUAUAAAGGAUAAUUUUCGAAUUUACUUCCCGUCUCACGAUACAGUGGUAAAAAGUCGUGGAGGAAAGGAUGCAGCAGGAACCAUUUGUGUCAAUUCUAAAUGGUGGGAUUCCGCUACGUUUCCUCGGGAAUUGGUUCACGAUUCCAAAAGUGUCAGGACUGGCAUUCUCAUGCAUAGCAAGCUCAUGAUGGUCCGCCAUCGUCACUCAGAUAAAUCCAAGGCUGCCUAUGCUUAUGUUGGAAGCGCAAAUUUAUCGGAAAGUGCAUGCGAUCUAUCCGACUUCAGCUCCGUUAUUCCAGUGCCAAUAGAAGUCCCCGGCGAUGCAUACGGAGCUACAGCGUCAAAGCGUCCUUGGUUCUUCCUCGAGAACUGA